AUACUAAAGUUUAUAAAGAAAAAUACAGAAAUGGAUAUAAAAUUGGGUUUGAAAUGGUUUAAAUACUUCAGUCAGUCGUUCUCCUGUCUCAUGUGUUUCGUGAGAAAUAACUAAACAUAUGUUUAGUUUUUUUUUUCCUGAGUAAACACAUAUGUUUAGGUUAUAAACUUGGUACUUUACAAAAUGACCCUCAAAUUGUAUCUACCAAUACAAACGACUCAAAUAGACUAUACAUAUUUGUCUAUUCCUCGAAAAGAUUGUUGACUCUUACUUCUUGCUUUUUCCUAUUUUCCUCUCUCUCUCUCUCUCUCAUCUAUUUCGCCUGAUUCGUUUUCUUUUUCUUCCUCCUUUCGUCUUGCUGAGAUCUAGAAAACCCUAGAACGGGGAAGAUCGCCAAGAUCGAGGGGAAGAUCAAGAUAGAGUUAAUAUUGAUGGGGAGAGGGAAGAUUGUUAUCCAGAGGAUCGAUGAUUCGACGAGUAGGCAAGUCACUUUCUCCAAAAGAAGAAAGGGUCUCAUAAAGAAAGCUAAAGAACUCGCUAUUCUCUGCGAUGCAGAGGUGGGUCUCAUCAUUUUCUCCAAUACCGACAAGCUCUAUGACUUUGCCAGCUCCAGUUUGAAAUCGACUAUUGAACGAUUCAACAAGACCAAGAUGGAGCAGCAACAACUAUUGAACCCUGCGUCAGAAGUUAAGUUUUGGCAGAGAGAGGCCACAACUCUAAGACAAGAACUGCACUCAUUGCAGGAAACUCAUCGACAACUAAUGGGACAGCAAUUAAAUGGUCUGAGCGUUAAGGAGUUGCACAAUAUAGAAAGCCAACUUGAAAUGAGUUUACGUGGAAUUCGUAUGAAAAAGGAACAAAUUCUGACCAAUGAAAUCAAAGAACUCACCAGAAAGAGGAAUCUUGUUCACCAUGAGAAUCUUGAACUGUCGAGAAAAGUACAAAGGAUUCAUCAAGAAAACGUCGAGCUACACAAGAAGGCUUAUGCAGUGUCAAUCAGAAAUGAACUGGGAACUCGUGAUAUUGAAGAUACAGCCGAUGAAUCCCAUGCUCAGGUUCGGCUGCAGCUAAGUCUGCCUGAGCAAUCCCAUUAUGAGACCUCAACAAAUAGCUAAGAUCAUAAAACGUCUAACGACUUGAAAAAGUUUGAGAAUACUCAUGUGGAAGAAAAAACGAAAGGUUUGAUUUUGUAUGAUACAUAUAUAAAUAGUCUCAAGGGAAAGCAAUAGAGCAUGUCCAUUGUAUUCUUUUAAGCUUUCUCAAUUGGUUUAAGGUAUAUAAUAAGACAUUUAUAUAUAUAUGUAAACACUUAAAAAUAUAGUUAGAUAGGGCUUUCGAUUUGAGUUUUGGUUUGAUUGCAGUUUAAACUUGUUCAGUGAAUAAACUAUUACUUAAUGUCCUUAUUGCAGUUCAACUUGUUUU